AUGUUUAUCAUUUCAAUUAUAUCAUUUUUUAUUUUAGCAUUAGUAAAUGCUGAUGAUUGGGCUACUUAUCCACAAGUUCCAAAAACAGCUUCAAUUAAUGGUUUUGCUGAUCCAAUAAUUGAUCUUUUACCAGAUUGUGCAAAAGAUUGUGUUAAAUUUAGUGUUAAUAAUACUCCAUGUCCAUAUUGGGAUACUGGUUGUUUCUGUGUAAUGCCACAAUGGGCAGGUUUAGUUGGUCAAUGUAUAGCUCAAAAUUGUAAAGGUGAUGAUGUUCAAAGUGCUGUUUAUUUAGCUACUUCAUUAUGUUCAACUGUUGGUGCAAAUACUUGGAUGAUGCCAGCUUCAAUUUCAACCAUGUUAACUUCAGCAGCUGGAAAUGCAAGAGAAGUUACUACAAUUACUGAUAAAACAGCUAUGUCGUGGGUUAUUGAAUCAGCCAGCUCGGGAGCAAAUACUGUAAGUUCAACUGGGGCUUCUACAGCUGCUACUUCCACCGCCAGCUCAUCAGCUGCAAGUAAUACUGGUUCUGCUUCAUCAUCUACAAGUGCUACAACAAAUACUUCUUCAACUUCAAACAUGGCCAUCCUACAAACUGGUAGUGUUGGAACUAUUAUUUUUGGUUUCUUAGUCAGUUUAAUCAUCUAA